AUGCCCUGUCAUCUUAUCACCGACUGCUUAUAUGAAGUUUUUGAAUAUUUAGAGGAAGACAAAGCUACUUUGUAUUCAUGCUUAUUAGUUAAUACGGUUUGGUGUAAAAUUUCAGUUAGAACCUUAUGGAGGAAUAUUUGGAGCUAUAAAUAUACCUUUUUUGUACUGAAACAAUAUGAUUUGGAAUUAUCCAUCCUCAAAACUUUGGUUUCCUGUCUACCUGAUGAAUCAAAAGACUUUCUACAUGAUAACGGAAUCUUUAUUCCAUCUCCCGAUCGGAACUCACCAAUGUUCAAUUAUGUAGAAUUUUGCCAAGUUCUCUCGAUUCAUGAAGUUGAUAUGAUAAUCUAUACAGUUUCCAUAAAUCAAAAUUCUCCCAUUACUGGAUCAAGUUACAAUGAAUAUUUGAUAACUUUAGAAUUAUUUAAAAUGUUUAUGAAUAAAAUUCCUUCUUUAAAAGAAUUAAUUUAUACCCCAUCACAGCAUAAAAUGGUUUUCGAUGUUUCUAAAGUCAUAUUUACUUAUUUUACUGGAGCAACGAAUUGCUUAAAGGAUCUCAGGGUAUUCAGGUGUAAUUCAUAUGUUUGCUCGGAAUUUUUCUAUCAACUAUCACGAAUUUGUCACAACGUACAAUUCUUGGACAUAGAGCUUGGAAGUGAGAUUUCAAAUGGGUUGAUUGAUUUUGUUUCUGUUCAGCAAAAUUUAAAAUAUUUAAAAUUAAAGAAUUAUACAAUGGAUUCGGAUUGGUCAGCUCUCAUACCUUCAUUAUUAAAACACACUCGUACUUUAACCAAAUUCAAUUUAUGUGGAGAGGGUUAUCUACCAAUGUCAUUUAUUGCCUCAUUCGAAACUUUAAAGGAACUUGUCUUUAGAUGUUCUUCGGAUGGUGGUAAAGUGGAUUCAAUCGGAGAUUUUAAAGUACUACAAUACGUAACAUUUCCACAAUUAACGAUAUUGAAAUUUUUUUACGGACAUCCACAUAAAGUGUUUUUAAUGAAAUUUUUAGAAAAUAAUGGAAAGAAUCUUGAGGAAUUUAGCGUGAUAGAAGAGGAUGAUUCUUUGAAAUUUAUCAUUGCAAAAUAUUGUCCGAAUCUUAAAAAGCUCUUUAUCAUAUUUGAAAAGGAUGGAUUGAAAGGCUUGAAGUUGAUCUUUGAAAGUUGUCAAAAAUUAGAAAGCAUGAAAUUUUGGUGUAGUGAUAGGUAUCAUUUUUUAGAUAAGGAUGAAAUAUUGGAAAUUAUAGUAAAAUAUUCACCAAUGAAUUUUCAUGAAUUACAAUUUUAUGGUAUCAAAUAUUUAAAUUUACUUCCAGAAGAUUUAGAAUCUUUUUUCAUUAGUUGGCAAAAUCGGGUACCACAAAAAUUACUUUCUAUUAUCAUCCUUGUGGAUUGUAAUGACAAAGAUAUAUGUUUAGAAAUAGAAGAGGAGAAUUUGGAGGUAAUUAAAAGAUAUAUGAAGAUGAACGUUGUUAGAAAACUUUGCAUUAAAGAUUUUGAUGAUGAAGAAGAAUAG